AACAUAAAGAUUGAGACAUUCUGGUGUAAUCUGCCUCUUUAUAAACAUGUGGAAAUGAUAAAUGAAAACAAAUAUUCUUCGACACAUAGAAUGGAUCUCUCAGAACAACACAAGCGCAAACGAAUAUGUCAGUGCUCACAGAAAUUUAAGGGAAAUGUGAUGCCUGUGUCCCAGCCAGUGCGUGCUAAGAGUUUGUUACGCGCAAACUUAGAAAAUUCUCGCGGGCGACUUUUACAGAGCAGAAUGCCAAACAUCAAAGUCUUCAGUGGCACAUCGCAUCCAGAUUUGGCUCAACGUAUCGUUGACAGACUCGGUAUUGACAUUGGAAAAGUUGUCACGAAGAAAUUUAGUAACCUCGAAACAUGCGUGGAAAUAGGAGAAUCUGUUCGUGGAGAAGAUGUAUACAUUGUGCAAAGUGGAAGUGGAGAAGUAAAUGACAACUUGAUGGAAUUAUUGAUUAUGAUCAAUGCAUGUAAAAUCGCUUCUGCAUCUCGAGUAACUGCUGUAAUUCCUUGUUUCCCGUAUGCAAGACAAGAUAAGAAGGAUAAGGGUGGUGAUGGACGUGACAACAGAAAUUCUAAGAAACAAAUUAUCAUGAAGUCAAACGAGUGGAAAUUCAGGAGUCGUGCGCCUAUUUCAGCAAAAUUAGUAGCAAAUAUGUUGUCAGUAGCAGGAGCUGAUCACAUUAUUACAAUGGAUUUGCAUGCUAGUCAAAUACAAGGAUUUUUUGACAUUCCAGUUGACAACUUAUUUGCUGAACCAGCUGUUUUGAAAUGGAUUAAAGAAAACAUUAUAGAAUGGCGAAACAGCAUCAUUGUUUCUCCAGAUGCUGGUGGUGCUAAAAGGGUAACAUCUAUUGCUGAUCGAUUAAAUGUUGAAUUUGCUCUUAUACAUAAAGAAAGGAAAAAGGCGAAUGAAGUUGCUAGUAUGGUAUUAGUUGGAGAUGUAAAAGACAGAGUUGCUAUUCUAGUAGACGACAUGGCCGACACUUGUGGCACUAUUUGUCAUGCAGCAGAAAAGCUUUUAGAAGCUGGAGCAACAAAAGUAUAUGCCAUUUUAACACAUGGAAUUUUCAGUGGCCCAGCAAUUAGUAGAAUUAACAAUGCAUGUUUUGAAGCUGUGGUAGUAACAAAUACAAUUCCUCAAGAUGGUCAUAUGCAGGAUUGCCCAAAGAUACAGUGUAUCGAUGUAUCAAUGAUGUUCGCUGAGGCUGUAAGGCGGACUCAUAACGGUGAAUCUGUAUCGUACCUGUUUUCAAAUGUACCGUAUUAGAUAAAAAUCUUCCUGAUAAUAUACUCUUUCAAACUA